AGUGCUCUAUACCUCAUAGGAGAUCACUGUUAUGAAGCUAAAAGGUAAUAUUCAGAACUUCUCCAUCACUAAAACACAGCUUUCUGUGGGUGAGAUGCUACUGAACAGCUAGGAAUUUGCCAGUUGUAAGAUCACCAGUGAAUUCAACCAUACAUUUUUACAGUUGUAUUCAGACAUAACUACAUACAUGCAGGAAGAAAUUAUAAGUACAUAUUUUAAGUCUAUUUAACAGGAAAGCCUGGCAUACAACAUACAUCUAAAGCUAUAAAAGUCUGAUCCUGCAAGUUGCUCAGCACUCUGACCCUGAUUCUGCCCAGGCCAGCAUGUGCUAAACAUCAGUGGACCUAGUCACUUACUUAAUGUUCCUGCUACUCAUGUGCUUAAGUGCUUCGCUCAACUGGGGUUGCAGUUGCAACCACCUUGCAGGACUAAGCCCUAUAUAUUACGGCACAGAAGGAGUUAAUUGCAAUACAGUACUCUGGUUUUUGGUUUUUUUUUUAACAGAGGGUGUUCUCCCUCUUCCAUGUAACUCUCUUGAGAAAUACACACAAUCACAUUAAACUGGACUUCUGAAACAAUUAACAAGACCUAGGCAAUCACAUUUUUUGCUGCAGGAUAAAUUCUGCACCCACUCUGUUAUGGCCAUGCACUGGUGACAUUCAGUUGUUGAUUAGGUAUAAAACAGGCUCUUUAUCCCUAGAGAUACCACUGACUUAAAGGUCAAGUCCUAGGCUCUGUUUCCUAUUUACAGCUGCUAACAUGAAUCCAAAUAAUAUAUCAGCUUCCUGACAAGUGUGGUAUGACACUAGAGAAUAUAGCUUUGGAUUAGCUUUCUAAUAUUAGACUCACACAAAUCAUGCAACUUCCUCAAGAGUAAAUCUUUAUUAUUAAAAUGUGACUAGUUUUAUUCCUUUGGAAGUUUUCCUCCUGCUUUAACCAUCUUAUUGACAAAUUAUCUAUCAGUUUAAAUUAUUUUUAAAAAGCACUCCUCUUUAUAAAAAGCCCGGGAUAGAAAUCAUAAUAACUGUUGUUUUGCAAGAUCAAAAAGCCAGUUUUUACAAAUAAAUUUUUUAUAAAUAAAUUUUACAAAUAAAUAAAUCCUUUUACAAAUAAAUUGCAAGACCACAAAUUAUGUGAUGUUCCUAAAAUGAUCACUGUAUGAAUAAAGUUUAAAAUAACAUGAUAAUAAUAAUCUUGACUUUUCCACAAGAAAAUUAUUAUUUUAGUUGGCCAUAGACCACACAUUUCAUCUCUGCCUCCCUGAGACUCAUGAAUAAUUUGGCCAGUUCUCCCUGAUUACACAAAUACUGAAUCCUGUUGUAGGUCAUGCAGCGUGCCCUGUGUCUCUCUCAUUCAUGUGCAGUUCUGUACUCUGUGCCUCAUAUUAUUUUACAUUCAUGACAUACAAUAGCAAGUUGUUUCCAUGGUGGUAUAAUAUCUGAUAUUUAGUUCAUGCAGUGAUUGGUAAACAUCACUGUUUCAAAAGCUAAUUAUCUACAUGGAUUUAUUUUUAUGGCAGGAUAUCAGCUUACUCAGCUGGUGAAAUAAGAGGCCAGAGAAGGGCAGGAAAAAUGGUUAGAAGAAUAGCCAGUGUUUCAUACAAAGAUGAUUGAAAAAAAUAGGAUUAUUUGCCCUGGAAAGGAAAAGACUUAAAGGGUUCGAGGGAAUUCUGAAUGGCAACGCCAGCCAAACACAGUGACUCUUUGGGCUCACCCCAGGCUCACACUAGUCCGUUCUAGUUACUAUCUGGUAUUUCAUGGGGAAGACAAUGGAGGCUCAUUUAGGCCUUGACCAGGUACUGCAGUCCUCAAUUCUUCGCUCUGCUGCCUAUGAGAUCAGACUACAGGUUUCUUUACUCCAAGGUACCGAAUAGGCAAUCUGCAACUCCAAUCCCAGGUACAUAACAGAAGAGCAAAGUUUAUGGGAGUCACAGAAAAAAAUACAGAAAAAAUCAUAAAAUGAAAUAUAAACAGAAAAAUACAUACCUAGUAUGACACUAAAAAAAAUGCUCAAAAGAGGCCCCAAGUUACAGGAAAGGGGUCAAGUUGAGCACAAUAAACACUUUAUAAUCAUUUGUGGGGUGCGGUCCUCACAGCAGCCUUGUUGUGCCUUCCAGAUCCUUUCUUCACACAUCCAUGUAGUCCAGGAAGUCUCAAUCCCCUUGUUAACCACAGGCCCUCUUUUGAUGUUUUAUUUGGAGUUUUGUCUAGCCUGGCUUUCAAGUGGCAAGUGCUAAAUUAGUAGCGGGCAUUGCAUUAAGCUACACCAAAACUGGGACAGUGGAAACAAGUUUGAAAUCCAGUUCAAGGUUGGAUUUUUGUUUUUUCCUUCAAAAUGUAUGUUCCUCCCCACAAAGAUUUUUUGUUUCCUCCUGCGUUACGAGGUUUGGCACCACUAGAUAACAUCUUUGAAGAUGGGCCUUUUCAUUGUGUCAUAUAGUACAAAAACAUUUUAAACGAAAAAAUAAAUAUCCUUAACUUUACACAGUUUUCAGUCAACCUGUGGAAUUCACUGUUCCAAAAGAAAGAAGCAAGACAAAUAAUAUUGGAUUUUAAAAGCAAUUGGAUAAUUUUGUUAUUAAUAAUAUUUGUAGUUAGGUACGCUAAGGGUAUAAUAAGCAUAAUCAAAUCUCUUGCUUCACUUACUGAUCACUUAAGGUAUGAGGAUCAGAAAGGAAUUUUCUCCACAGAGAUGGGUGAUGAGAAUGGAUUACAGCGUGAAAAGCCUUCCAUACAAAGAGGGACUGAAAAAAAUGAACUAUUUGCUUUUGAAAGGCGAUGAUAGAGGUAUACAAAAUAAUGAAUGGUAUAUAAAGAUAAACUGGGAGCUCUUAAUGCAUGGUUUUGCAUAAUACAAGAAGAUGGGAACAUUCAGAGAAAUUAAAAGGCAACAAAUUUAAAGCUGACAAAAGGAAAUUGUUUUUAAUUACAUAUCACAUAAUGUUAUAGUGGUCAUUGCCCAAGAUAUCAUUGAGGCCGGAGCUUAACAGGAUUCAAAAAAGGUUUACAUGUUUAAAUGAAUAAUAAUAUCCACAGUUAUUUUAGAAAGGUUAAAAAAAAUGUAGUCCUCAUGCUUCAGGGCAUGAGCCUAUCGCUAUUUGACAGAGCAAGUAAUUUCUCCUUAUGGCAGGUUCUUCCAAUGAUCUUCUGGGGGUGAUGCACAUACCACAGAAGCAUGUGGUACUGGACACUGUAAUAACCAGUAUUCUGGACGAGAUGGACUUGUCUUCUCCAGUAUGAUACUUCUUUUGUUCUGUGCAUAGGUAGGUAUCUGCACCUGAGCAGAUUCCCAUUUUCCUCAAUGGGAACAAUGGGACACUUAGUCAAUUUCUGCUCUAGAGCCUACAUGCUUUAUCAAAAGUCCUCACCUUUCUAUGAAAGCAGGAUACUACUCAACCGGAUAUACGGACCCUUAUCUUAGAUCUGAGUUCUGCCUAUGCCACUGACAUAUGAGGCAAUCCAGACUCUCCCCUGAUUAUGGUCACUCACUAGUUGUAGUACUUCUUCCCUACUGAAUGCCAGAGCAUUCAAUGUCCUCUGUCACUGUCUUCUACCAGUUCUUCCGUCACCUUCCUCGGUUUCUCUUUCCUCUCUCAGCUACCCAAAUCAAUGCUUGCUUAGCAUGUCUCCUAUCUCCAUAUGGUGUACAUGUCCUGAUCACCUGAGCCUUCUUUCUUUGAUGAUAUUUUCUAACACGUCCUGCUCUGUCAGCUCCCUAACUUUCACAUUUGUUAUUUUGUCUUUCCAUGAAAUUCUCAAUUUCUUAAUGGCUUCUUGAGGGGUCCUUUCCAACCCAACAUUUCUAUGAUUAUAUGAAAUGUGAAGUAUGCUCCUCAGCCAUCUGUGAUGGGCAGCUUCCAAUCUCGUUGUGUUAGUCACUGUCAUCAGCCAUAUCUCCGCUCCAUACAAUAGCAUACUCAGUACAAUCACAUGGAAUAAUCUGAUCUUUAGUUUGGUUUGGAGACCUCCAUUCGAUCACAAGUUGUUCUUCCUUCCAAAAGUGGUGUUUGCUUUGCCUAAUCUCAUAUGAAUAUUUUUAUCACACCCACCUUCAAAUGUCAUCGUACUCCCCAGAUAGCAGAACACUUCUACCUGUUUAAUUUUUUCCCAUCCACGUACACCUUUUCACCUGUUCUCCAGCUUCCUAUCUUCACAAUCUUGGUUUUCUUUGCAUUUACUUUCAAUCCAAUUUUUUGCUGCUUCCUAUUCUACUUCUGAGGUAAGGGCAAUCAUUCCAUUCCAUGUCAUACUUAGGAGAGCAAUGUCGUCAGCAAAGUCAAGAUUGUGUAACUCAUCUCAGCUAACACAUUUUACACCAUCCACAAUGCCUUCUGUUGCCUGUUUCAUCACCCAGUCUCUUGCUAAUGCACAGAGGAUUAGUGAUAAUACACACCCUUGUCUAAUUCCAGGCAUAAUAUUGGACCACUUACCCAGGCCUGUAUCCAAUCAUAUUGAGCAUCUACUUCCAGAAUAUAAAUUCCUUAUUACAUGGAUCACUUUGUCUAGUAUCCAUACUUCUAGCAAUAUUCUACAGGGUCUCGUUGUGGACACUAUUGAACUCUUUCUUAAAGUCGAUAAAGUUAAUUAAGAUUGGUUUUAGCCAAGCCGUAGCUUUUUCAAUGAUCUGUCAAAUGAGUGAACAUCUGUUCAUAACAUGAACCCAGCCAGUUCUUGUAAUAUUGCAUCCACUGCCUUCUUCAUUCUAUUCAGCAUAACAGUAGCCAAUACUUUGCCCAGGAUUGAUAGCAGUACAAUACCACUCCAGUUUGUGUACUGAAUAAGAUCAUCUUUUUUUGGCAAUGCCACAAUGAUACCAUCUUUCCAGUCUUGUGGCACUUGUUCUUUCACCCAUAUUUCAUUAGAGUUUUGUUAGCUGCUCAGUCAGAAUUUUGCUUCCCAUUUUUAGUACUUCUCAUUGAAUUCUGUCACCAUCAGGAGCUUUCCCCUCUUUGAGGCUUUUGAAACCUGCCUUAAUUUUGUCGGGUGUUGUUGGUCCUUCUUCUAGAUGUUGAAAAUGUGUGAAGAACAAGCCAGACAAUGGAAAUAACAUUUCCAUUCCAUAUUAAAUUGUCCAGAGCUGAUAAUCAUACACAGGUUCAAAGAUACAUGGACCAAUCAUCUGAUUUGAUAUGGCAGUCACAAUAUUCCCAUAUGAUGACAGAAUAACUGAAUUACAUAGUAUUUGUUUUAGGUUUCAGAUAAUAAAAAAAAAACUUUGUUUAUACACGUAGGGCCCAAUCCAUUUAAGACAAUGGUAAAACUCCUAUUGACAUCAAUAGAAACAGGAUUGGGCCCAUAUAUAUUCUAAUGAAGCUUAAUGCACAUAUUAUAAGAAAGGAACUCAAUUGUUUUCUCUUUGUCACUCAUGUGCAAUAGUAUAUAUCUUUAAAUGUUUUUCAAUGGGCAUAAAGAAUCUUUAAAAAGUUAAGAUACUUAAGUACAGUAUAAUCUCUCUCUCUCUAAAAAGGUAUUUUUCAUAAUCAAACACUUCCUGUCAUUUUACUUUAAAUGUAUCAAUCUAUUGUCCCAUGAAUUUGUUUUGAUCACUAAACUUUCAAACAUGGCUAUUGUACUAAAUAGUGUUUGAAAAAAAUCUAUUGUUUUUUUUCCUGAUCUUUGUUGUCAGCCUAUAGUGCAGUGGUUUUCAACCUUUUUUUUAUUUUCCAAGAUCCCUUUGGAAAUCUUAGACAUAGUCAGUGGACCCCCAGGGGUUCACGGACAACAGGUUGAAAACCACUGUUCUAAUGAUAACCUUUUGCAGACUGUUAAAGUCUGCGUACCCCCAGAGAUCCGUAGACCACAGGUUGAAAACCACAGCUAUAGUGUAAUGUUUGUAAGUACAGUAAUACUUUGCUGCACCUGUGGUCCACUCCACCUAGUGAUUGCAGAGACUAUAAUUAGGUGAAAAAUACAAUUUUAUCUUUAUUUUCUAAAAAGAUGAUUAUAAAACUGCCACGAUCAGGCCGGAUUUAGAGGCAGACAACCCAUACAACUGCCUGGGGUGCCAGGCUUGGGGGGCGCUGGACUCAGAGUGCUGUAAGGUAUUCAAAAGUUUAACAAAUGGAGGUUGGGAGUACCAAAGACACUCCACGCCUGUGGCACCAUUUCAUCUAGGGCUUGCCGUGAUUACACUGCCUAAAUAUAACUAAUGGUAAUACCAAAGUUCUCUGCUUACACUAAUGAAAAGGCUUCUUGUGAUUAAACAAGCACUACUGGAGAAGUAAAGUAUACUCACUACAGUAAAUAUAAAAUGUUAGACUAAUAUCAAAUGCUAGUCUUAGUUUGCAGCAGACAAUAUGAUCAAUGCUAGGAAAAGGAUUGCUACUGAGUAAUAUAUACAGCUAGUAGAGAACUGAUAUGCAACCAAAAGCAACAUUCUGAACUUUUCCAUUUCUAAACCACACCAUUUUGCCCUACACUAUUAAAUGAAAUUAUCUUUACUUCAGUUCUUUUAGUCUGACAAGAUAACUGAAAAGAGAUGUAGUGCCAUUAAUGCAAUUUACAUCAAUCUGUAUUGUUCUGUAGCAGAGUUAAAAAAUAGAAGAAUUUAUUCCAGAUAACAAACGAUCUUGAUUAAGAAAAGCAUUUAUUUGCUCAAGAUGAAUGUUAAAGGUAGACGCAAGAAGUCCUAUAAUGCUAAAUCUUCUCUAGUGCUUCAAAUUCCACUGACGGCACUUUUUGGCUCAGGGACAGUCAGAAUAAAAAUUAUUUUAAUCAACGUUUUAGACGUCAGCAAAAUAUCUAGGAUGUACGGGGCCGGGGUUUGAAGGUGCAAAGGUUUCAAUAUAACUAAAAAAUCUUCGGUCAUUCGUAAAAUCAUUAGUAUUAAGUGUUUAUUAUUUUGAUUCUCUUAAAUCAACUAAUGAUUUGCAGAAUCCGCUGUCAUCGCCUGUUGCCAGAGGGAGAACCUGUCAAACUGUAUUUCCCCAGUUCCCAGGAAGGUGGGAUCCCUUAAUCUCUGGAGGCUCCAUUCCACUCCGUCUGGUGACCUUCAGUGUGGAGAAGGGAAGGAAAAGAAGCUGCAUCAACCUUGGGCAGCUCAGUGAAUUUUCACAGCAGCCUGGCUCUAGCUCGAGCAUGCUCAGUGCAGCGCUGACCUACUUUUGCGGGCCGAAGUCUGGAGAGCGCUGGCUGCCGUUCCGCAGAGGCAGAAGGAGCCGGCGGUGCUGCUGUCUUCUGGGGUCGCGCUUGGAAUGUUGCGGCACCCCAGCGUUCCACAACCGAACGUCCGGACGCCGCCGUGUCGCUCCAUCGAGCGCAGCCCGGGUUGCUUGCAACACGCUACGUAGGGAGCACGGGUUACAGCCGCAGCGGCGGAGCCACCUCUGUGAGCGUUUCUAUCGGGCUUCGGUUCGGUUUCUUCUCUGUGUUCCAGCGCGGUGAAGGCAAAAGGCUCCGUGGCAACCCGAGGCGCAACACUGAAGUAGGAGAGCAUCGUGGGGAGCAGAGAUCUCGGGCCCGGGCGAUCGCACUGAAAGGCUAAGUGGCGAAGAGGAGGGUUGGCUCACCUGGGAGAGAGGCAUCGGGCUGGAGGAUUUUUUUCUUAAAUGUAAAUCUUCGUGGAUCAAGGUAAAACUUUCCUGUGAUUUGCUCAGCUUAGAAGGCUGCAUUCAACAGACAAUUCCCUAACCCAGCUGUCUUCUGAGCAGCCUACUGAAGAAAGAUGAACAUGCUGAACAACCACUACUUUUUGAACUUCUUGCCUACCACACUUUUUCCCUACCUUUUCAUCUUGUUAGCAGCUUUGACAGCUGCUGAGGAUGUGACUAGUAGCAUUUUAAAUCACACUGACAUGAACUUGGGAUCUGUACCUGUGAUUAUCUCCAUAGUUGAUCAUAUUACAGUCAAGGAAGGGAAGAGUGCCUUGAUUGACUGCAAUGUCCAAGGAAAUCCUGCUCCACGGUACAAAUGGUACAAUUCCAAUGGUUGUUUGCUGAAGGAAGAAGAGAACAGUGGAAAAUGGUGGUUUCUUGACAAUGGGCUACUGAACAUUACCAGCGUGUCUUUUGACGACAGAGGUAAAUACACAUGUGUUGCUUCUAACAUCUAUGGCACUGUGAAUAAUACUGUGACUCUGAGGGUCGUCUUUACCUCCGGAGAUAUGGGGAUCUAUUACAUGAUUGUCUGCCUCGUAGCUUUUACCAUUGUUAUGAUCUUGAACAUUACCAGGCUGUGUAUGAUGAGCAGCCAUCUGAAGAAAACUGAGAAAGCAAUCAAUGAGUUUUUCAGAACAGAAGGAGCAGAGAAACUACAAAAAGCCUUUGAGAUUGCUAAGCGUAUCCCAAUCAUCACCUCAGCCAAAACGCUUGAGCUUGCCAAAGUAACCCAGUUCAAGACCAUGGAAUUUGCUCGCUACAUUGAGGAACUUGCCCGAAGUGUUCCUCUGCCACCUCUCAUCAUGAACUGCAGGACUAUAAUGGAAGAAAUCAUGGAGGUGGUUGGCUUGGAAGAACAGGGACAGAACUUUGUACAGCAAGCCGCAGAAGGCCAGGAGUCUACUGAUGGAGAGGAUAUGUUUAUGAUCCCUAAUGCACUAAAGCGCAGCGACUCUCUCACAGCUGACUCUGAGGCAUCAUCACUGCAUGAACAACCACAGCAGAUUGCGAUAAAAGUGUCAGUUCAUCAGCUGUCCAAAAAGGACUGUAUAGAUGACCAGUCACAAGACUGUGUGCAAUCAGAAAUUAAGGAAGAAGAGAUUCCUCAAACACCAGCAUCUCCUACUGAUCCAAUUCCUGAGCCUUCUACUGAACUAAACUCCAAUGAUAUAGCAUUGGCAACUGACAAAAAUACGUGUUUUAUUUAUGAAAGCCAUGUAUGAUAAUUACUCUGUUAAUCUAUGCAUAGUAAGAAGAAUCAGGUGGAGCUCCUUUAAAAAUAGAUAUUGUACUUGCCGCUAAGCCUUAUCUGGAGACUAUCAUAGAAAAAGCAUGCAUGUGGAUUAUUUGAUAUUUUCUUCUCUGAGUUAAUUUUUCUAUGAUGUAUGACAGAGUAAUUACUAUUAUAUUAAUACUAAUUGCUCUUUUUGGUUUAGGAUUUUUUUUCAGAAACAUUUACCUCAGCAAUUUCUAGGUUGUCAUCAUCUUCAGUGACCUCCUGGAAGUCAUUUGUAGUGCUAAAGACACUUAGACUUACUAAACAUAAAGCUGUUCUUCAUUUUUCUCCUUUUGCUUCCUCCCUUCCAUCUGCUGCAUUUUUGUGAAACUGUUCCCAAGAAUUUGAGACAUUGCCCAGGAGGCAGGAUUUCAGUUGCCAAAUAAAAUCCUAGUUAGAUCCCAUUUACCAAGCAUCUUUGCCAAGCUGCAUUGUGAAUUAAAGAAGGUUAAAUGUGUCUUUUUCAUUUGAGACCAUUUUAUUUAUGUUUAGACAUUGGGGAAAUAGGUUCCCCUACCCCUUAGGCUGAAGAAGCCAAUAAGUGUUCAUUCACACAGAUGAUAUACAGUGUAUUUGUUUCUACAGAAGAGAAAGCACUUUAUUUGUCAGAAGGCUACAGUACAAAUACUGAGUAGAUUUUUUUCAUAUAUUUGAACAUCUGUUGAUUUUACCAGAAGUUUAUAUUGAGAAGGACUGUGGGUGUCCAAAAUGUAUUGUCUUGUUUUUCUUACAUGGUAGAAAUAAAUGGAACCAGGUGAUUUUAUAUAACCUGUCAGGAGUAUAGAUUCAGUAAAAGUAUUGUAACCUCCAGUAUUUUGUUGCAGGUGAGGCUGAAGUGGUAAAAGAUCCUUGUUUAUCAGGAUUUCCUUUUUAGCAAUGUAGUUUCCUGAUGAACAAACACAAGUGCAUCCAUAAUCAUAAUCUUUUUAAUCUGGCUAUGAGUCAAAAAAUUAGUCAAAUACUUGCUAUUAAGUCAUAAUGGUCGCCUCAGUGCAUAAAAAUGGACAGUGAUCACAAACUAUAUUACGAUAGUACAAUUGAUUUGCUAUUUUAAAAAAUCCUCAUGAAAUUGAGAUCUCCUGGGGUGAGGGGGUUAACUGAUCUAAGCAAAUAUUACUCCAUCUUUAUAUAGCUUUCAUAAUCAUGGCAAGUGGGGCAUAUGUCUGUCAUUGGAGAUUUUCAAGAGCAGGUUAGCCAAACACCUGUCCAGGAUGGUCUAGAUAAGACUUAGUCCUUCCUUAGUGCUGAGGACUGGACUAAUAGACCUCUUGAGGUCUCUUCCAGUCCUACGAUUCUAUAAUAUUAGGAUCAUGGAGUUAUGCUAGGAUAUUAAUGAACUGCAGAGGUGGGGGAGGGAAGGGGGAUAGUGUCUAUUUCAGAAGUACUGUAAUAUUAUGCACUACUGGAUGAGCAUGGAAAGAGAUCACUUACAAGGAGGAAUUUGUGCAUGAUGAACAGUAGGUUAUUUAAUCAUCUGAUACACAUUUCACUUGGAACUGCUGAGCAGACCAUGGUCUUCUCACUUUGGAGAAGGGCUACCAUGCAUUAGAUCAAGUGUUACAAAUAACCUGGAGUCUCUUAAUCCAGAGUGUUGUGGAGAGAGAAUUCAUUUAGACUGCUGAGAAACUGGUGAGCACAGGCCACCCAGACAUUUCUCAACAGCUGUCACAGCUAGUACAACUUUGAGCAGUGCUGAUGUUUGGCUUGGAGAAGAUCAGAUAAGUUCAUUGCAUAAAUAGUUGGGGGCAAACAAGGUCACUGAAACUGCAGCCAUCAGAAAUGGAUAACAAUGGUGGUGGUGGCCCUGAAUGGAGUGUGGAGUUUCCUCAGGAUCCAGUUCAGUUACAAAUCGACUGAGAUACACUGAGCUAGCUAAGAUAUGCACCCACCCCCACCUGGAAAAUGUCCCUUUCCUUACGUUUCUACGGCCAAUGAGUAUGAAACAAAAAAAGAGAGGCCCAAUUGCACUAAUUUUUUUUAGGGUGCAAUCAUCUGUAUGUGCAAGUUAUAGCCAUUUAGAUGCCUAGCUACUUGAUUGCACCCAGUAGUCAGGAAAUUUGACAUCUAAAUGUGCACUUUCACAAACAGAAAUAUGCUGGGGUAAGGCCUCUUUAAAAUUAGCCCCAAAUGUAUAAGUAGUUGCAGUUAUGUGAAACAAAUCUAGACCACACUGUGCAGAAGAGGAGACAGGAGCGUGUUAGAAAGAUGUUUAUCAUGACCUGUGAGAGUGAAAGUGCUCACCAACUGAAACACACUGUAAGCUGUUCAGUCUGAAGUACAUUUUUGUUUUAUGUUCUUAUCCCUUUUGCUUUAAAUCACUUAUUUGCUCUUGGUUAACAAAAAGGAGAUUUUACAUAAAGCAAGGCUGGAAGUGUGCACUGAGUUCUUUUAAUUUGUCUUAAUUAUUUAUACGAAAGAGACAUAUUGAUAUUCCUAAUUGUUUAAUGUUUAGCAAAAAAUGGUUUCAUACUAUAAAGUGACUUGCCUGUUGCUCAGUGAAAGUAAUUUUCUCAUGAAGAGCCACACUAUUCUUCAAAGCAGAAUGCUAUAAAUUUAGGAAGAGAUUACUCCUCGAGUUUGUGAGCAACUCUGGACUGCAAGUAUGUCAUCUCUUGAGUUCAUACGGGCCCCACAAAGCGGCUUAGGUUCCUAAGCCCCCAGUUUUAAGCACCACUGCCAUCUACAAAAUCCCCUCUCAGCUGCCACCUAACCCUGGAGGCAAAGAGAUUUAAAAAAAAUCAAUAUUUUGAAACCAAAAAAAUCAAACUUAUUUAAAUUAGAUAUUUUGUAUUUAAAUUAAAUGCCGAUUUAUUUUUUUAAAUUAAACCUAUUUAAAAAUAAAUUUGAAAGUGACAACCUAUGUUGAGGGCUAAAAUUAUUAUAAGCUAUUAAAACCAUUUAAAUAUAAAAAUAUUAAGCAUUACAUGUUACCUGCCAAGUUUUCAAGAAAAGCAUAGCCAGUAACUUCCACCAGUUCGUGGGUAAAAGCCCCUGCAACCAGAGUUUGUGGAAAUACUAAACCAGCUUCUGACAGCAGUAGCCUCUUCGGCAGUUGCAGAGAGAAUAUUUUCCUCAUUUCAGUUUAUUCAGCUAGUUAAAUUCAAUGACUAAUUCAUUCAAAGUUAAGAAACCAAUUGGAAGUUGAAAAAGCUGGAAGGCUUGUUUACCCUCUCCUACUCGAAGAAUAAAAACUAGGUGUGAGACAAUGAGAUCUACUAGUUCUAAAAUUUCAAAGGGCAUGGUGACUAGAAACAAUCAGUUCAGUUCAUUAACUACAGAUCAUAUUUCCUUUCUUUAAUAAAUCAGUUUUAAAUGCAAAACAUGUUUUGAUAAACUUUUUUCUUGUGUAUUCAGCACUCUUAAGGUAGUUUUAUUUAAUAAAAACGUUAAAAUGCUGUUUUAGUGCAUUUUUAGUUAAAUUUCAAUUUCCAUCCAAAGAGAGCUUGAUACACAUCACAAGUAAAAAAAAAAAAUUAAUCUGGUAAAUAAGAGAUGCAUCUUUCACCAUUUUCUAAUAUGAUAAAAUAUUUAAAAAUUAAGAAUCUGAAUAAAUGUAAACUAAACUAUAUACUUGUUUAAAUAAAUAUGUAUAGAUAUAUUACAUCCUACUGGUUAGUAAAAAGAAGCAAAGAUUAUAUUUAGUUACAAAUAACGUGUUUUAAUAGUACUAACUAACGAGAAUCACCCUUUCUUUAGGAAAAUAAUUAAAAAGUACAAAUGCAAAACACGAUUUACAUUAAUUAUUUAAAUCAAGGUUUUCUGCUUGGUGAUUUAAACCAUGAUUAAAAUUGGUGCUAUAAAUCACUUUGAUUUAAAUCAAUCCACCUUGCCUGUAGACACCUAAAGUCCUAAUGUAAAAGUUCCUUAAGAGCCUGAGGGCUUGUGUAUACUGCAUGGUAAAUCAGCACUGCUGUGAUCAAUGCAGCGGCAUCAAUUUCGUGGGUCUGGUGAAGAUGCGAUGAGUUGCUGGCAGAGCGCUCUCCUGUUGACUUCAAUACUCUACCCUCCCCCAGAAGUGCAAUGUAACUUACAUUGACUUCAGCAGCAGUGUAGACCAGGCCUAAAUUUCUGCCUCUGGGCAUUGGAUGCCUGCUAGAGCAGCAGUGCACGACACCCAUCUCACUCCUAAGCCCCAGUGCAUUCCUCAAACCAGAUGGCGAUGGGCAGAGCAAUGCCUAUUCCAUUUCAAUUCCCCCCUGAUGAGGAGAGGGGGGUUUGAACAGGGGUUUCCCAUCUCAGUGGGCUAUGGGAUAUUCCAAUGUGAGUCUCAAUGUCUUGUUGAAGCUGUUCCACUUUGUAUUAAAUAUUAAUUAGGCCACCGGGGGAGGAAAUGACUCUGUAGCCCAGUUAUCAGGGCAUUCAUGACAGAGGUAGGAGACCCCUAUUCAAAUCUCUUUUCCUUCUCGGCGAGCAGUGGGAAUUGACCCUGGUCUCCCACAUCUUACCCUAAUCACUGCUGGCCUAACGGUUAUGGUGGAGGCCACCUCCUCCACCCCCCCACCCCCCCGUUGUUUUGUUUGGAGCUAAGCAGCAGACAUUCUUGAAAGAAACAGUUUAGGCACCUAAGCCACCUUCCUCUAAGAGAGGUUCCCAGUUGUGGAUUGUUAGCUGAGAUAGGCGCCUCUCUCCAGUCCAGGCUUAAGCUAUGCCCAACUCAUGAAGUUCAACAUCUAAGACACCCAUUAGAGGGGUGUAUCUCCCAUUGGCUAUCUUAGGCAGCUCACACCUAGCAUGCUGGCUUUUGUGGAUCCCAUUCUCAAGCACCUAUAUCCCCCAUGCAUCAUAUAGAGAGCCAAGGCCCUGACUCCUGCUUUGUGGAUUCCAGUGAUUUUUUUAGGCACCUUAAUGUUAGGCAUUGUGAUACCUAAGUCCCUUGAGGAUCCAGGCCACAGUGUCUAGCACAGUGGAGCUCUGAUCCUGAUUAAGGCCCCUAUUCUCUCCUGCAAUGUGUUCAAUAAUAAUUAUUACUAAAUUAUAAUAGUAGGAGGCCAAAUAACCCCAUGAUUUCCAGCAAAAUAUCAAAAUAAAAUCUAUACUUCAAGGAAAUUUAUAUUUUUUUCAAAGGGCUGGACCAUGCAAAGUGAAUAAUGAAGCACAGCCUUUAAAGUGCACAGUGAACCAAUUCUUAUCUAAAUUGCUUGGAUCUGAUGCUAAGACAGGCAUAAUAAGUGAAUUUCUGGCCCAUUUACAUCAAUAGGAGUUUUGACAUUGGAGCUAGGAUUUCACCUAAUUAAACCUUAAAGUUCAGAGAUGAUGCUGGUUCAAUCAAUGUAAUCUGAAGGCUCUCUUUCCCUAUGCAUAAAAAUGUUUAAAAGGUAAAUAUAACUUUUUGGGGCAUCUAAUAGUUUGGUCAUAGUUAAUGCGUUACUUGGUUGAAUGAAAAAAUAGUUUUAUGUGGGAAAAAAUGUAGGUUUGUAAUAGUUCUGUUUUAAAUAUUUUCUCUCUAUUUUCAUAUAGGUGGAGUAAUCUUCAGUAUCUUUUUGGAUCUAUUGCAUUACACCUAUAAGCAUAAUGUUUAGUAAAUGCUUUUAAGCACUCAUUUUGCAGUAGUGAUGUGCCAAACAAGGUCUGAAGAUCUCAUUCUACCUCUUCCUCCUAGCCUAUUUAAUCAUAAUCUAUCUCAAAUAAACUGUGUUUCAUAAUAUGAUGAAAGAAUAGCAUUUGGAAAUAGCUAAUAUAAAUGUUUCGAUGGAACCAUAAUUAUAUUUGUAGUAUUUACAUAACUUUAAUUUAUAUCCAGGAUAGGUUCAUCACACACCUUAGGCACUUAAGGGGAAUAGGAGUGAUACAUUACCUAUAAUUUGGCCUAGGCACACCUUUUUACACUAUUAUUAUUUGUUAAGCAUCCGUGUGUUUAGUACCAUACAACACUCAAAAUGCGGAAAGUCCCUGUUCAGACAAAAUUAUGUUCUAAACAUAUCAUGCAGAGUAAUCCAAUUUUAGAAUGAAAUAAGGGGAUCUUGUGUUCUUAAUGCAGCUACACCCUUCAUGGUCAUCCCUAUGUGUCAAGAACUGAAAGUAUUUGUAACAUAUAAUCAGGGUUUCCUGACCAACUUUGCAAAAGUAAGUUACCUACAUACUGAUUUAGAAUAACUCGUUUUUAAAAAAAGCAGUAAUACCCAGUGAUGAAUUCAGAGAGAGUUGGAAGUUGUUACCAAGAAUAUACUGGCAAAUCACUAUUUAAAGUGUUGGUCUCCUUGGUAUCGAUCAUACUUUGUGGGACUGCUGAAACUUUCUUAGAUGCAAAGAAAAUGCUUGCUCUAAAUUACAAGUUAUAUUUCAGUAAUUCUGGAAGUUUUCUUUUUUUAAUGUUACAACAAAUGUAAAAGACCUAUGAAUGUGUUCUGCUGAUCAGAAGCAUAGUUACUGUAUUUUGCUUUUAAGAACUGUCAAUUCUAAGAUUUUCGCAGCCAUAAAUCACAAAGAGAAACCAGUUCAUGCUAAAGUGGCAAAAAAAUGUGAUCUAGCUUGUAAAUUGAUCAUUGUUUCAAUAAAGAAUUUUCACAGAGUA